AGACUUGGAGCAAGACAUGAGCUUAGUAUUGGAGCUCUCCCAGUUUAGGAGACUUUGGAACCCUAAAAAGUGUUAAUUUAACUUCUGGUAGCUACUCUCUCUCUCUCUCUCUCUGUCUCUCGGGGAUCUAGUCGGAUCCAGUCUGGGUGCAGCGGGCUUCGUGGUGCGAGAUAAUCGGCAGAUGAUGGGAGUUAAUGAGGCGGAGAUGCGGGUGGACAAACCCAGACGCGCUCCUCUCCAGCGACGACAGGCGCGCCACGAGUGAGCGAGAGGAGGACGAGACGGAGGAGCAGCAGAAUAAAGAGGGUGGAGAGGCGGACAGCGAGCGGAGAGGGAAGGAGAUAAAUACAGCAGAGACACUUCCCAGGUUUGCGCUAUGGAAACGGGGCAGAGCGCGCAGGUCGCCGACAUGGGAGGAGAGCACUCGGCCGGAGUGUGCGUACUGGAGCGGGACCGGGAGAGGGCCGACGUGUCCAGUCCCAGUCCGCCGGCGAAGCAGCGCUCCCUGCGGGUCGUGUACGUCCUGAACGACGGGCUGAAGUCGGUGAUGGCGAGCAGCCCGGAGUCCGGAGCGCUGCAGUGUCUGCAGAGAGCCUGCGACUCGGAGAGCGCGCUGCUCACCACCGUCACCUUUGGGAGACUGGACUUUGGAGAGACGUCGGUGCUGGACAGUUUCUACGAUGCAGACAUCGCGGUCGUGGACAUGAGCGACGUGUUUCGCCAGCCCUCCUUGUUUUACCACCUGGGCGUGAGGGAGAGCUUCGACAUGGCCAACAACGUUAUCCUGUACCACGACACCGACCCCGACACCGCCCAGUCACUGAAGGACAUGGUGGCGCAGAAAAACACAGCAUCCAGUGGUAACUACUACUUCAUCCCCUACAUAGUGACUCCUAACCACGAGUACAUGUGCUGCGAGAGCGACGCCCAGCGCAGGGCCAGCGAGUACAUGCAGCCCAGCUGGGACAACCUGCUGGGGCCGCUGUGCGUCCCGCUGACCGACCGCUUCACCAGCCUGCUGAAGGACAUCCACGUAACAUCCUGUGCCUCCUUUAAGGACACCCUGCUAAACGACAUCAGGAAGGCCAGAGAGAAGUACCAGGGAGAGGAGCUGGCCAAAGAGCUUUCUCGCAUCAAACUCCGAAUCGACAACACGGAGGUCCUGACGCAGGACAUCGUCAUGAACCUGCUGUUUUCCUACAGAGACAUACAGGACUAUGAUGCGAUGGUGAAGCUGGUUCAGACUCUGGAGAUGCUGCCGACUUGUGAUCUGGCGACACAACCCAUGAUCCAGUUCCACUACGCCUUCGCCCUCAACAGGAGGAACAGUCCUGGAGACAGGGAGCAGGCUCUCGGAGUGAUGCUGCAGGUGCUGCAGUCCUGCGAACAUCCUGCUCCGGACAUGUUCUGCCUCUGUGGACGAAUCUACAAGGAUAUUUUCCUCGACUCGGACUGCAAAGACACUAAAAACAGAGACAACGCCAUACAGUGGUACAGGAAAGGUUUUGAGCUGCAGCCCACUCUCUACUCUGGCAUCAACCUGGCCGUCCUCCUCAUAGUUGCUGGCCAGCAGUUUGAGAGCUCCAUGGAGCUGAGAAAAAUAGGUGUGAGGUUGAACAGUCUGCUGGGGCGCAAAGGUUCCCUGGAGAAAAUGAAUAACUACUGGGACAUCGGCCAGUUCUUCACCGUCAGCAUGCUGGCGAGCGACAUCCCUAAAGCCACUCAGGCUGCUGAGAAGCUCUUCAAACUGAAGCCACCGCUGUGGUAUUUGCGGUCAGUGGUGCAGAACUUGCAGCUGAUCCAGAGGUUUAAGAAGCAGAUGGUGGAGCAUUCUCCCCAGAGAGAACGACUCGACUUCUGGAUGGACAUCAUCGUAGAGGCCACGCAGGGAACCACCAACAGACUGCGGUUUCCAGUGUUGAUUCUGGAGCCGACCAAGAUUUACCAGCCGUCCUAUGUGUCGAUUAACAACGAGGCUGAGGAGAAGAACGUUUCUAUCUGGCAUGUUUCUCCUGCUGAAACGAAGGGGAUCCAUGAGUGGAACUUCACUGCAAUGUCUAUCAAAGGGAUCAGUAUCAGCAAGUUUGACGAGCGCUGCUGCUUCCUCUACGUCCACGACAACUCGGACGACUUCCAGAUCUACUUCUCCACUGAGGAGCAGUGCGGUCGGUUCUGCUCGAUGGUCAAAGAGAUGAUAUCUGACGGGACGGGGAACUCUGUGGAGCUGGAGGGGGAAGGUGAUGGAGAUACACUGGAGUACGAGUAUGACACCAACGAGACAGGAGACAGGGUGGUCUUGGGUCGAGGCACUUACGGAGUGGUUUAUGCUGGGAGAGACCUCAGCAACCAGGUCCGUAUCGCCAUCAAGGAGAUCCCCGAAAGAGACAGCAGGUACUCCCAGCCCCUCCAUGAAGAAAUCGCCCUUCACAAGUACCUAAAGCACAGGAACAUUGUUCAGUAUCUGGGUUCUGUUUCUGAGAACGGAUACAUCAAGAUCUUCAUGGAACAAGUGCCUGGAGGAAGCCUGUCUGCGUUGCUGCGGUCGAAAUGGGGUCCUCUGAAGGAGGCGACGAUCAUCUUCUACACCAGACAGAUCCUGGAGGGGCUACGGUACCUGCACGAGAACCAGAUCGUCCACCGAGACAUCAAGGGUGAUAAUGUGUUGGUGAACACCUACAGUGGCGUCUUGAAGAUCUCAGACUUUGGUACUUCGAAACGUUUGGCGGGAGUCAAUCCUUGUACAGAAACAUUCACAGGUACUCUGCAGUACAUGGCUCCAGAGAUCAUUGAUAAGGGCCCACGAGGCUACGGGGCCCCGGCUGACAUCUGGUCGCUGGGAUGUACCAUCAUAGAAAUGGCCACUGGGAAACCUCCAUUUCAUGAGCUGGGGGAGCCACAGGCAGCCAUGUUUAAGGUGGGCAUGUUUAAGAUCCACCCGGAGAUCCCCGAGUCUUUGUCGCUGGAAGCCAAGUCGUUCAUCCUGCGCUGCUUUGAGCCCGACCCUCACAAGAGAGCCAUCGCCUCGGACCUGCUCAGAGACACUUUUGUCAGGCACAACACCAAAGGAAAGAAGAGCAAGAUCGCCUUCAAACCAUCAGACUACAUCCAUAGCGUGUCGCUGCCGGUGCAGCUGCAGUGCGAAGCCGCCGGCAGCAGCAGCAGCGAACACGGCUCCGUGAGUCCAGACUGCGACUCCAAACACGACGUUUUCUUCCAGAAGAAGAAAAGCUCCGGCUCCGAAAACCUGCUCAAACCGCCAAACUCCAACUACCUGAGUGUUCCUGAUGAGGGUUCGGUGUCGGAGGACCGCAGUGCCCCCCCCUCGCCGGAGGACAGGGACAGCGGCCUGUUCCUGCUGAAGAAGGACAGCGAGAGACGGGCGAUUCUGUACAAAGUCCUCAAUGACGACCAGGAGAAGGUCAUCUCCAACCUCAAGGAAAACCACAUCCAGGGCAGCGAGGAGCUCCAGCUGUCUGUCGAUCACAUCAAGCAGAUCAUCUGCAUCCUUCGAGACUUCAUUCAUUCCCCGGAGAGGCGCGUCAUGGCGGCCACCAUCUCCAAACUCAAGCUGGACCUCGACUUCGACUCCACGUCCAUCAACCAGAUCCAGCUGGUGCUGUUCGGCUUCCAGGACUCGGUGAACAAGGUCCUGAGGAAUCAGCACAUCAAACCCCACUGGAUGUUCGCCAUGGACAACAUCAUCCGUCGAGCUGUGCAGGCGGCGAUCACCAUCCUCAUACCAGAGCUGCAGACCCACUUCGGCCCGGCGUCGGAGUGCGAGGGAGCCGAGAAGGAGGACGAGGUGGACGAGGAGGAAGCGGAAUUCGGUCCGGUUUUGGCGUCGCACGCCGACGACCCCGGCACGAACGCCGACCACGGGCACCCCGCCGUCAUCACGCUAAGCUCCGCCCACUGCCAGGAGCAUCAGCGCUCGCAUCAUCAGCUGGGAGCUCAGCUGGGUCGACUCAAACAGGAGACCAGCAGGCUGCUGGAGGAGCUGCUGCAGAAGGAGAAGGAGUAUCAGCAAGUGUUGAAGGCAACCCUGCAGCAGAGAACACACGACCUGGAGCUGGUCAGGGUCAGACACCGGCCACCAGACAUCUCACCUCCCUCCAUCUUCCACAUCCCAGCGGACCACGAGCCGGACAAGCAGCUCACUGAUUGGCUGAAAGAGCAGGGGGCGGACCCGGACACCGUCGACAAGUUUGUGGUGGAGGAAUACACACUGACCGACAUUCUUAACGACGUUACCAAAGACGACCUCCGCUGCCUACGUCUACGGGGCGGAGUCCUCUGCCGGAUCUGGCGUGCCAUCCAGCGGCACCGAGAGCGAGAGAGGCAGACGAGCAACAAACGCUCGGAAGACGACGCAUGAUGAGAUUGUUGGACUGCAACAAACACGCACACAUCCACACAUUACCAGCCCCGCAUGGCCAUCUUUGUUUUCUCUCUCUGUGCCUUUUCACGUUGUCGUCUCUGUGUCGUACGAACAGGACUGACUGAACCCAUGCAGAGUCCGACUGGACCAGACCAAAGCGCUUUAGUGCAGGCACUACUGUAUGUAUCUCCAUGUGCGUUUUGAGUGUUUUUGUGUGCCUCGAUGUGUUUGUGCUUGAGAAUUUUCAAAGAGAAAUUUGUACUGGCAAAUAUGGAAACAGGUAUACAGGUUUAAAGUCCGACUUACGGUUUUAAAAGUGAUUGUAAAAACACGGGUUUGAUCCUCAUAGAUGUUUUGGGUUUUUAUUAUAAGUCUAUAAAUACCACUGCUGCAGGCUAAUCUUGGUCUCUGCUGUCCUACUGUAUGUAAAGAUGGGCAACGUGUCACCACUUCCUCCACUGUACAAAAGUGAUAUCAUGUGAUAUUGAGGCCCCGCCCCCUGCUCCACCCAAAUCUGAGCUAACACCCCCUGAACUUCACAGAACCAAGCCACUGUCACCAAAAUGCUUAAGAAAAAGUGACUACUAACCCUGUAGUUGUUCAGCUAGCCUCAUAUUAACUGCUUUUCACCAUUGAUUGCUUCUGCUGUUAGCUUGCUAGCUAUGCCUUUAGCAUUAGCUUGCUAAUUUUAAUUAAGUUUCGUAUCGCAAUUUUAACUUGUUCAACACAACAACUUGUAGAUGCCAAAGACAAAUCAGUUAACCUACCUAUCAUAAAAUUAAACACUUAACAAACACUGAUGUAACUACAAGCACUGAAUAUGCCUGAAUCCAUGUUCGGGUAACAUUUGUUUGAGGUGCAUUUACAUUUUUUUUUUUUUUAAGAUGGUAUCACGUUCCAUCAGCUAACUUGAGGCAGCUUUCCACUGCAGGAUCUCGGGGCAGAUGCGUAUGAAUGUUUAUGGGAACAGCCCCUUUAAUCUGCACUUUGAGCCUUUUUUGUCUCCAACAUUAACUCCAAGUGUACCAAAAUAACGCCAAAUAGUAGCCUCUAGAGAUAACACUAGUUCCAUUAGCAUGUCGGAAACAGUACAACGGAGGGUUUGUUGUGUCUGUAUGGUGAAGUUUAUGUUAAAGUUGGCAGUGUUUGAAAGGAGAAGACUGCCACUAGUCAAAGGCAUUGAUAUAAAAGGAAAAUGGCUCUUGUUGUCCUCUUAAGGGUUUUAACAAUCAGUGUGUGGUCAGGCUCCGCAGUUUUCCAGAGUCACUCAGAAGUACCUACCCUGGGGGAAGUUCUUUUUUCUCCAGAAAGCCUUUCAAGAGGUUCACACACAAAGUUUCUGCAGUGGAAAACAGCCUAUAGGGAGCAGAGUUUAUGACCUAUACUACAACCAGCCACUAGGGGGCGAUAAAGAUGUUUUGACUUUACUUCUUCGGUGUCAUUACGUUGGCCAUCUGUACAACUUAUCUUUGGUUUACGCACAUUUGAAAGUCUGUGCAGAAUGAUUUUAUCCUACCAAACUUGACCGACGGUUUUGUUCAAGGAGUUAACGUAAUUCCGAAUAAUAAUUCAUAGUUUUGACACCAACAUCUUUAUCUUCAUUGUUACAGCAAAACACUAAUUUUUCUGAAAGCUAGGUUAUAUCCAACCGGGCAAAAGGUGUCUAAAUACAAAACAUCCGCCAAAGUCCACUAUUAAAUGAGGGGGUUGGUGCCAAAGUGGGCUAAACCACAUUUUAAUAGUUUUAGAGAAAACUGGGGUCAAAAUUUUGUGAUGCUAUAAAAAAACCAUGGUUGUUGGAAGAGUCAAUAUAUGCAUCCAAAGAUGUUUCAACACUGUCCAGAGACAAAGCAGUGUGUCUAUCUCUGGACACAGCUACUUUGUGAUGACUUAUUUAAGUUUUCAUUUUGCCUUCCCUUUGCUGAGUGCCAAAGCGGGCCAUCCUGCAUUUUCUACUUUUUGAGAAAAAACUGAGGUUUGUCUCGCUAAACAGCAUUGAAGAGUUUACAUCAUAAGGAACUAGAGAUACUUUUGAGGAUCAUGGGGUAGAAAUAGAUGCUUGGUGGUGGUGGUUAAUUAAGUUUUUAUUUUACCUUACCGUAUCUACGAGUUGAGUUUUCACUGGGCUUAAGGUUGCGCUGUCUGCCAUCUUGGACCGCAGACACUUGAAACUACCUGCCCCCGAGAUACAACAGUCAGCAAUUCCUGUGGCUUGGCCCAGCUUGCCACUGAAUUUUAAUGCCAAAACCAUUGUGGGCCCAACUUUAAAGGUGCAUUGUGACAUUGCCAGUGGGCUGUUGGUUGGACCACUUUGGCACCACCUAGUAGAUCAUAAACACUUAUCAAAAAAACAUAAAACUCAACUUUGGAUUUUUUGUGGUUUGGCCCACUUUGGCUCUGAACCCCUCAAAUGUAAUUAAAUUUGAAUUUAUAAGGGAUAAAUGUAACUUGAUCAAUGGUGAUUCAGCUCCUACACGACCAAAUCUGUAAAAUUUUAACAUUUCCAGGCAUUAUAUUCAAUCCAGUAUGAUGUAAAUGCAAAUAAAGCAGGAAGUGGCAGAAAAAGUUCGUUAAUAUAAGAAGCUAGUAUGGUUAGCAAGCUAACAACACGCUAAAAAUGCAGUUGUACAACAAGAAUGUAAAUUCCUACGUGACCACUGAAAGGCAACAUCCCUCAAACUUACAGGUAAUUGGAGAGCCUUGAGUUUUUGCAGGUCAGAGUUCAUUCAGAUUGAACUAAAUGCAUGUUGCCCAGUACCACCUGGACAUACAUCUGGAAGGCGACUAAUGAGCAAAGCAGUGUUAUUGAUCACUGGAGGCGCAAACCAGCAGACUAAUGUGCUCAUGGGCUCAACAGAAAUGUGACUAGAUACUAGUUGGACAGCAGAGAAUUGUAUGAUGUUGUCGGGUUCUACAGAUAUUUUGCAGCUAUGAAGGAGUGAACUGACUACAAGUACUACGACCAACUGAGCUGUCACACAAGCAGGAACCAAAAUCCACGAGUGACUGGAAUGAAACCGCUGACCUAAAGAUGCAUCGACUGCAACUGUUUGUCUUUAUUAUUUUCGCCAUCCACUGAAGACGGGAAAUAGAUUUCUGGCUUAAAUUUUGUAAAGUGAAAACAAUCCAGCAUGCAGUCACAUCCCAAGUGCUCAUCAUCGUCCGCCUUUAUAUUUGUACGCAUGUAAUUUAUCGGUUGUAACUUUUCUCUUUUCUCCUCUGUGUGUAUCUGUAUUUAUUUGUUGUUGUUGUUGUUUUUUUUUUUUAUUCCAACUAUCAUACGUUGUUUAAUGUGCUUUUCAACUGCAAUAAACCUGGAAAUAAUGAA